AUGGCACAAAACCGGCCGGCAGCUUUCAAUACCCUACGGAUGGGGGAAGUCAUCCGCGAAAAGGUCCAGGACGGCAUCACCGGCGAGACCCGAGACCUGCAGUAUACCCAAUGCAAGAUCGUUGGCAACGGAUCUUUUGGCGUUGUCUUCCAGACUAAGCUGUCGCCAUCCAACGAGGAUGCGGCAAUCAAACGCGUGCUCCAGGAUAAGAGGUUCAAGAAUCGCGAACUGCAAAUCAUGCGUAUCGUGCGACAUCCGAACAUUGUACAGCUUAAGGCCUUCUACUACUCCAAUGGCGAGCGUAAGGACGAGGUUUACCUGAACUUGGUCCAGGAAUUCGUUCCCGAGACCGUGUACAGAGCAUCGCGUUUCUUCAACAAGAUGAAGACGACCAUGCCAAUCCUCGAAGUCAAGCUCUACAUAUACCAGCUGUUCAGGGCGCUUGCCUAUAUUCACUCCCAGGGCAUCUGCCACCGUGAUAUUAAGCCGCAAAACCUCCUUCUGGACCCUACCACUGGCAUCUUGAAGCUUUGCGACUUCGGCAGUGCUAAGAUACUGGUGGAGAAUGAGCCGAACGUUUCAUACAUUUGCUCGCGAUACUACCGAGCUCCGGAAUUGAUUUUCGGGGCGACAAACUACACAACGAAAAUUGAUGUGUGGUCAACAGGAUGCGUGAUGGCAGAAUUGAUGCUCGGACAGCCGCUUUUCCCUGGCGAAUCGGGUAUCGACCAACUCGUGGAAAUCAUCAAGGUCUUGGGCACACCCACGCGAGAGCAGAUUCGAACGAUGAACCCGAACUACAUGGAGCACAAGUUCCCUCAGAUCAAGCCUCAUCCGUUCAAUAAGGUGUUCCGGAAGGCGGAUGCGAACGCUAUUGACUUGAUCGCGCGCCUACUCGAAUAUACACCGACGGAACGAUUGGGCGCGAUCGAUGCAAUGGUCCAUCCUUUCUUUGACGAACUGCGCGAUCCUAACACGAGAUUGCCUGACUCGAGGCACCAGACUGGCCAAGUGAGGGAUCUUCCUUCACUGUUCGAUUUCUCACGUCACGGUUAG